AUGAAGUGUCAGCGCUCCUGGGCUCCAACCGUACUGCUGCUGCUGUGGAUGACGAUCGCCUGCAGCGACCUGCAGCCGGUGGUCCGGGCCGAUGCACCGAAAAAGCGAUGCCUCACGAAGCCGACCGUCUCGAAGAAGGUGGACAUGGUGAUCUACCAGUGCCAGGAGGAGAUCAAAUCGGACCUGAUCGAGGAUGCGCUCAAGAUCUUCACGGCGGAACAUGGCCAUUGGCACGAUAAGCGCCGGAAGCGGGAUGCCACAGAGGGAGCGUUGGACUUCUCUCACCCGACGAUCGUUUCGCAUGAAGACAAGUGGAUCGCUGGCUGCCUGAUGCAGUGUGUGUACCGCAAAAAUGACGCUAUCGACAAAAACGGCUGGCCAACGCUGGAUGGGCUGGUCAGUCUCUAUACGGAUGGGGUCAACGAGCACGGUUACUUCAUGGCCACGCUGCGAGGCGUCGAUCGCUGUCUCAAGGGAACAUCUAAAAAGUAUCAAAUCAAACGGAACGAUGCAGCAGAAAACUUCGAGCAGUGUGAGGUGGCCUUCGAUGUGUUUGAUUGCAUUUCGGACAUGAUCACGGACUACUGCAGCGGCCAGUCGGAGCAUGAUCACUAA